AUGAUGGCACAUGCUGAUUUCAUAGAAUUCAAGGCUUCCAGAUCCCAUUCUCAAUACAAAUUGGACUCUAUAGAUUUUGAUGAUUUUGCAUACAACUUAAAUAAAACAAUAUACAAUUUUUAAAAGUCACAGUAGGGAAAAACGAUAGAUAAAAUGUCUAAAUUUAGAAGAGCUAAGAGCUUCUCUUAAGUCAAAAUCAACGAAUCAACCAAUUCCAUCUAUUAAACAUUCAAUAGGAGUGCUCCCGGAUUUGACGAAAACGAAACCAAAGAACUUAUGGAGCUCAUCCUCCAAUUAGAAUAUUUAUUCAUUCUCUACCACAAAUUCUAUCCAGAUCAAAGUAACCCAGUUUUACUCACCUCUUAUCUAAAUUGUCUAACCUACAAUAAAGAAAAAUAUUUUGAUAAUUAUACCAACGACAUCUCGGAAACCCUCCAAAUGUCAAUUUUACGUAAUUCUUAAUAAAGAAUUAUUGAAGAAAAAACUGAUGAAAACCUAAUAAAAUUUUUAGUAAAUGAGAUCAACAGAAGGAAUAAAUAUAAGAAAAAUAUGUAACUUAUCAGAAGUGAUUUAAAUAAAUUUUAAAAACUUUAACAAAACUUCGAAAUUUAACGAAAAACUAAAUAAUUAGAAUAUACUAAAUCAAAUAUGUUAGUGGCAUCAUUAAAAAUAACAUUUUAAAAUGACUAAAAUCAAUCAGUUAAUGUUCGAUUUCCAUUAAUUGAUAAAAAUAAGUCUCUUUGUUUAGAUUUUGAGAAGUUACUGAAGUAAGGGGAUAUUUACGAUCUCUUUAAAUAGUGGAAUAAUUACAUAGACAUAUCCUCAUCUCAUUCAGAGAUAACACUAUUAAUCUCAAUAAUCUAAGAUCUUUUCCAAGAGGAUAGUUGGAUCAUUAAAUCGAUUCUAGAAUAACUAUAAAAUGAAUCCAUUAUGUCUAUCUAAAGAAUCAUCCUUCAAAUAGGAGCAUUAACUCAAUUCUGCCCUAAAUGUUUGACUGUUUUAGACAGAAGUCAUAAAGAAAUUGCUAAUUUGCUAUAAUCGAAACUCUAGCAAUAUUUGUAGAAUUUUUAGAUCAACGAAACUCUAAAUGUUGAGAAAUAAGUGAUGAUAAUGCAAAACUCUUAGGAAGAAUUGUAAAAAGAAGAUUAAAGACAUAGUUUAGAGAAUACUCUAUUAUAAUCAAACAAUUUGAAAAUGUGUUUAAUACCUUAAGGGUUGAUGAGUUAGUUAUUCUUCAUUCACAGAUACUGUGAUGAUGGUACUCAAGCAGAAGAAGAGGAAGAAUAACAUGAAAAUUAAGUUUAAGUAUAGAAAUAAGAUACCUAAUAAAUAGCACAAUUAGAAAAUAGCCAAAUAAAAUUUAAUUAAUAAUUUGUUAGGUAGGCUUCGAGAAGAACUAGCCUAAUAAGUUUUGGAUAUUCUGAAAUGCAGGCAGAAUAUUCUAAUUUUGAACCACUUAGGUAAAAAUUAACAGAUAUGAAAAUUCAUUCAACUGUAUAUAUGGAAAAUGCGGAUAAGAAGGAAUGGAAAAAGAUUUUUGAUAAAAUUAAAUAGGAAAAGAAUUAAAAGAAAGAUGUCCUAAAAACUUAAUCAAUUUCUUCUAAUUCAUCAUUUGAAAUCAAUUGCAAUGAUGAAAAAUUCUUGAAAUAGAUGAAAGUUUUCUUAUAAAAUCAAUAAAUGAGAAGGCAAUGA